CUAGUUGGCAAAACGAUGACUUCAUAACUAUAAAGCUAUGUCUGUCUUUCUUGUGUACGUGCGUUUACGAUUCUUGAAAUUGAAUUUACAAAUUGUACCGUUUCACGAGUGUUUUACUUUUAUAAGUGAAAAUUUGUAUAUAAAUAUGUAAGUGUAUUAAUUAAAAACAAAUGUGUAUCGCAAGAAAUAUUUUUAAAGUGUAACUCGUAGAACAAGGACAAAAACAGCUCGAUAGCUGCCAUUCAAAAUGGCGGCCAUUAAUAAAACGCAAAAAUAUAAUUUUGAGAAAAUAUGUCGCGCUUGCUUGCAAAUAAAAAAGGACAUGCGACCAUUAUUUGAGCAACUUACAGCUACAAUGUUAAUGGGCAUAUCAAAAGUGCAGGUCGCUGUUGGUGAUGGACUACCAUCACAGCUGUGCUUACAGUGUGUACAUCAGAUAUCCCGAUCUCACGCUUUUAAGGAUCUCGUGGAGAGAAAUGAUAUCAUACUCCGCGAGCAAGCGAAGGCGUUGGCGGAAGAGGCUUUAAAGGAAAACCUUGAGAAAGAGAAGGAAGCGCAAUCGGUAUACAGAAAUAUACAGUUCAUGGAAAUGACGAAUCUCAGUACCAAUGCAAAUCAAAUGCUCGAAGGAUUCUUUGCAGACAAUACAGACACCCAAGCAAAUAUUACUCAAGAAAUUUUACAAAAAGAAGAAUUCGAUAUUGAUAAACUGGAGCCUGAAAAAACGGUCCAACCGAAAACAGAUGAAGGACUGAACUCUGACGAAGAAAACUACCUUCAAAUGGUAGUCUUCCAAGCGACGUCGUCAGUGGCCCCGGGACGCCACGUUUGUAAUUUAUGCCACAAAGAGUUCAAGCAUGCGAGAUGGUUGAAGAUGCACAUGCGAUCUCACUCGAAUUGGAUCAAAGCAAAUUGCAAGAAACCUCCCAAAUGUCCGAUAUGUGAAAGAACUUUCAAGGGUCCUGGGAUGUUAAAAAUGCAUAUGCGAACACACGAACAACGUCCUCCCAAACAGCCAACGUGUUCCGUUUGUCAACGCACAUUCCCGACCAAAACUUUGUUAUACCGACACAGACAAACACAUUUCGAACAGAAGACACACCAGUGUACCGUCUGCGAAAAACGUUUCUUCAGUGGAUACGCACUGAGGUCGCACAUGGCUCGACACAGAGGAGAGAGGCCUUACAUUUGUGCUAUAUGUUGCAAGAGUUUUUAUAAUCCGACUGAUUUGAAAGUUCAUUUCCGCUUGCACACCGGCGAGAAACCUCUAAAAUGUUCAGAAUGCAACAAAACGUUCCGACGGCACUCAACCCUGUGUCAACAUAUGAAGAAACACCGAGGUAUCAGGAAUCACGUUUGUAACGUGUGCAACAAGGCUUUCUAUGAAGUAUCCAAACUAAAUGCACAUAUGAGAGUGCAUACAGGCGAGCGUCCGUUCGAGUGCCAGUUCUGCGAGCGCAAGUUCGCGCAGCAGUCGGCGCUGAUCUACCACCGGCGCACGCACACGGGCGAGAAGCCGUACGCCUGCAAGUCCUGCCCGGCGCGCUUCACCACCUCCUCCGCGCGGAACAACCACGUCUUCACGCACACCGGGAACAAGAAGUUCGUGUGCCCGGUGUGCUUCAAGGGCUGCAGCUCGCGCUCGGAGCUGCGCGUGCACUCCAGCAAGCACACGGGCGAGAAGCUGUUCGGCUGCGCGCUGUGCUCGCAGCGGUUCAGCUCCGCCUCGUACCUGGCCGUGCACCGCCGCCUGCACACCGGCGAGAAGAAGUACCAGUGCGACGUGUGCGGCAAGGGUUUCAUAGAGUGCAGUUCCUACAAAAAACAUAUUAAAACACACAAGCUAGAUAAGAAAGAAAAUGAAGCAACAACAGACAAUGUCGACACGAACUUUGAAACAGUAACGCAAACGGAUAAAGAACCCGAAUUGAAAAGCAAUGACAAGGAAGAGAAUAUUGAGGCUGAAGAAACACAAACGCAAAUCGAAGGACAAAUAGCGCAAAUAGAAAUUCAAGAAGAGAAUGGGACGCAAAAGAGUUUGAAGAAACACAUGUUGAAUCACGUUCAGAUGUGUGUGCUUAGUCCCGAUAGCUCAGAAAAGAUGUAUGCAUUUAAGAUUGAUCCGUUAUCUAACAAAAUUCAAAUACUCCAUUUAGAAGAGCAGAGAUUAGCAAGAAAAUGGGAAAUGUAUCUAAAUCCACUGUAA